AUGAGUAGUUGCACCCAACACAUGGUGAUCGGUAUCCUAAGAAAAAACUCAAACAAAACAGUUUCAGUUUCAACACGACAUGCAAAACAACUCCACGCACAUGUCCUAAAAAUCAAAGGAAUCUCCCAUGAAGACAACAUCCUCGUACUCUCACUCUACUCCAACCUCAACCUCUUACACUAUUCCACCAACCUCUUCAAUUCUCUUCCUUCUCCUCCUCCACCUCUCGCAUGGUCUUCCCUUAUCAAAUGCUACACUUCUCACUCCCUUCUCCACCUUUCCUUCUCCUCCUUCAACUCCAUGCGCGCUCUCUCUGUUCCACCCAAUCGCCAUGUUUUCCCUUCUCUCAUCAAAGCUUCCACUCUUUUGAAACACGCUAAACUCGCUUAUUCUCUUCACGCUUCCACCGUUCGUCUUGGUCUCGAUUCUGAUCUCUAUGUUGCCAAUGCACUCAUUAAUAUGUACGCUAAAUUUCAUAGUUUUUCUGUUAAUGCAAAUGCAGGCAACGUGUUUGAUAUAUUACCUCUGAGAGGGAAAUCUGAGAUUCAUAGUGUAAGGAAGGUUUUUGAUAUGAUGCCUGUUAGGGACGUUGUUUCGUGGAAUACUGUUAUUGCAGGGUAUGCUCAAAACGGGAUGUUUGUUGAAUCAUUGGACAUGGUUAGAGAGAUGGGGAAGAAUGGUAAUUUGAAGCCGGACUCAUUCACUCUUUCGAGUAUUCUUCCUGUUUUCGCUGAGCAUGUUGAUGUUUGUAGAGGGAAAGAGAUUCAUGGAUAUGCUGUAAGAAAUGGGUUUGAUGGGGAUGUUUACAUUGGAAGUAGCUUGGUUGAUAUGUAUGCAAAGUGUAAUAGACUGGAAAAUUCACUAUGUGCUUUUUACCUCUUGCCACGAAAAGAUGCUAUUUCAUGGAACUCUAUCAUUGCUGGUUGUGUGCAGAACGGUGAAUUUGAUUGUGGGCUUGGAUUCUUUCGUCAGAUGUUGGCGGAAAAUGUGAGACCUAUGCCUGUUUCUUUCUCUAGUGUUAUACCUGCUUGUGCUCAUUUGACUGCUUUGAAUUUGGGGAAGCAGCUUCAUGGAUGUAUAGUUAGAAUUGGUUUUGAUGAUAAUGAGUUUAUUGCUAGCUCUCUUGUGGACAUGUAUGCAAAAUGUGGUAACAUUAAGAUGGCUAGAUGUGUUUUUGAUAGAACGGAGAAACGGGAUAUGGUGGCGUGGACUGCCAUCAUUAUGGGAUGCGCAAUGCACGGGCAUGCCCUCGACGCGGUUUCCUUGUUCGAAAACAUGUUGGAGGAUGGAGUGAGGCCUUGCUACGUGGCAUUCAUGGCUGUUUUAACUGCAUGUAGUCAUGCUGGAUUGGUAGAUGAAUCUUGGAGGUAUUUUAACAGUAUGGAGAGAGAUUUUGGCAUUGCUCCUGGUUUGGAGCACUAUGCUGCCGUUGCUGACCUGCUUGGUAGAGCUGGAAGAUUAGAAGAAGCUUAUGAUUUCAUUUCUAACAUGGGAGUACAACCAACUGGGAGUGUGUGGUCAACACUGUUGGCUGCAUGCAGAGCUCAUAAGAGUGUUGAAUUAGCCGAAAAGGUUGUUGACAGGUUGCUUUUGAUUGACCCUGAAAACAUGGGGGCUUAUGUUUUAAUGUCAAAUAUCUAUUCAGCUGCACGGAGAUGGAAAGAUGCUGCAAGAUUGAGAAUACAAAUGAGAAAAAAGGGCUUGAAGAAGACUCCUGCUUGCAGCUGGAUUGAGGUUGGAAAAGAGGUGCAUACUUUUAUGGCUGGAGAUAAAUCACAUCCUUAUUAUGAAAAAAUAAACGAGGCAUUGAAUGUUUUGUUGGAACAAAUGGAGAAAGAAGGUUAUGUCCUUGACACAAAUGAGGUGCUCCAUGAUGUUGAUGAGGAACAUAAACGCGAGUUGUUACAUAACCACAGUGAAAGACUUGCCAUAACAUUUGGCAUCAUUAGCACUACUGCUGGUACCACAAUCAGAGUAAUAAAGAACAUUCGUGUGUGCACGGACUGCCACACUGCAAUUAAAUUUAUAGCAAAGAUUGUGGGAAGGGAAAUCGUCGUGAGGGAUAACAGUCGAUUUCACCAUUUCAAGAAUGGGUCUUGUUCAUGUGGUGAUUAUUGGUGA